CAAAGCCAGAGAAGACGCAUAAAUGUAGCACUUGCACUGCUGACUAGAGGACCGCUGAUUGUCGUCGAUGAGCCUACGAAAGAAGUGGACCCAAAUGCACGGCGUGAUAUUUGGAAACUUAUGCUAUCGACUCAAUUGACCAAUCGAGCAAUGCUAUUUGCUUCAUCAUCCAUGGAAGAAUGCGAAGCGCUUGGAACAAGAUACGGUGUUUUAUACGAAGGACGCUUUGUGUCGACUGGUUCGAUUGAUGCUUUGAGGGAAUAUCACGCAAAAUUGUGUGUGCUACAAGUUGAUCUGACCAAAGAUGCUCAAAAACAAAAGGUACUUGACACUGUCCAGAUAACUUUUAUGAAUGCCAUUCCUAUACCAACACCAGAUGAUUCCUUAAAGAUGAGGUGGCAUGUCCACAUUAGUGAAGGAGAGACGCUAUCUACUCUAUUUCGUAAAGCACAGGAAUUAGCAGUUAGCCCAAUAAGACAUGUACACUUUACACACGCUUCAUUUGAAGAUGCACUUGUAUCAUUUGGCGGUAAAUUCACCAAGCUGCAAAGGAAAGCGUCAAAACGUGAAUUAGUGAAUCAGCUGUUGACUGUAGUCCAAUGAUUAGAUAUUGUCAGUGUUAAUGUCUUUAAUUUCUUGCGAAAACGAGAGAAAUAUAUAUCGACUG